UUACAUUUUUCAGCAGCAAAAAAAGUCAAAAAUUUAAUGCCACCGCCAGGCCAGCCGAGAAACAGUUCAUUUUCUCGAGUGUUUUUAUUGUGAUUGCGCUAAAGGCCAAUAAAAGCAUCAUUGCGAAACGAUGAGCAAUAGAUUUUGCAACCAUUAAUUCGAUUAGUGUGCGAAGAGGUGGAAAGUGCGUCGCCGUAGUUGAAAUUCAUUGCAUCAAGGUUGAACGACGAAGAUUUGGAGGGUGAUCAUGAGCGAAGCGCAAUCCGCGGACAUCGGUGGAGAAUCGGAUCGCUGCUGCGAGCCGGGCAGUUGCCAGGAAAGUAUGCUCAUCACCACGGACUCGAUCGAAGAGUUCUCCCAGGAAAUCAGCAUCAGUUUGGCGGAAGACGGAUCGGAUCAGAACGGAACGACGACGGUGAAAGAGGCUGUGAGUGAGGGGGAGGGAACGGCGGCAGAAAUGACCGGGGGCAACAUUGUGAAGAUUCAAGAUGGAUUGACGGUCGCUGAUAAGGAAAGUGAGGGUGCGGUGAGCAAAUCCAGUUCGUUUAGCAGUGCUAAGAGCCGAGAUAUGUCGGCUUCCUGCACGAGCCUGGGGGAUGACGGAAGCGCAGCUGAGGAGGCCGCCGACGCUGAGGACUAUCUGCAUGAUCCGAAGUUUCUGGCGAAGAAGAAGCAUGUAUUCAUCUUGAGUUCGGCCGGGAAACCGAUCUACACUAUGCACGGGAACGAGCACAAGCUGGCGACUCUGUUCGGGGUGAUGCAAGCGCUUGUCAGCUUCGUGCAGAGUAAUAACGAUUCGAUCAAAUCGAUCCACGCAAUGGGAGUCAAGUUUGUGUUUCUGGUAAAAUCGCCUCUCAUAUUGGUGGCCAUCUCGAGGACAAGCCACAGCGUACAACAGGUGCAGCUGCAGCUGACGGAUGUCUACAAUCAGAUCCUGUCGACGUUGACGCUGACCAGUAUGCAGAAGACCUUCGAAAGGCAAAAGAAUUUUGAUUUGCGUCGACUGUUGGCCGGCAGCGAACGCCUAAUCGAUCACCUGCUGAUCAACGACAAAUGCGACCACAAGCUAGUCAGCAACAACCCGUUCAGUUUCAUGACCCACUCCGUGAGAAUCCUUCCGCUGCAGCCGAGCAUCCGGGACAACAUCAUCGGAGCCAUUCAGAACAACUGUUCCAAAAUAAAGAACCUGGUGUUUGCCGUGCUGAUCGCGAAUAACAAACUGAUCGCGCUGGUUCGUAUGAAGAAGUACUUUAUCCAUCCGGCGGACCUGAGGCUCAUAUUCAAUCUGAUCGAAUGUUCGGAAAGUUUCAAGUCGGCCGAAAGCUGGACGCCCAUCUGUCUGCCCAAGUUCGAUUCGAGUGGGUUCCUGCAUGCGCACGUGUCCUAUCUGGCGGAGGAUUGCCAGGCCUGUUUGCUGCUGUUGUCGAUCGAGAAGGAGGUAUUCUUCGUGCUGUCUGAGGCCAAGCGUAAGAUCACAGAUAAACUGCGUCGAUCCAACUGUUUGGAAGCCAUUAACGAAGCAAUGAACAACAAAGGUGUCAGGUUGCAAAGUAUAGGUAUUCCAGAGAUUCGGCAUUUUAUCUACAAAAGCAAAUCGAACGCACAGCUACUGUGCUCCGAGCCGACCGUUCCCUAUUCGAGCAUUGGGCAGUUCAAGCGGUUAGAGGGUAUGUACUUUGAGCUGCACCAUCGGAUACACAACUCCGGGCGGCCGGUCAAACUUAUCUACGAGAUGAAGGAGAAGGAGAUACUGCUGGCGUGGGUCACCCAAGCGUACGAACUGUUCGCCGCGUUCGAACCGACCGUCCACCGGAACGAUGUCAUCAACCUGGUCAACAAGCUGCUGAAGUGGAUCAAGAAGGAGGAAAACAGCCUGUUUAUCCUGUCGGCACCGACCUUCUAGGAGUUGGGUUCCUUUUUCCCUUCAUUUCCGUUGUUUUCGUUUGCGAUCAAUCCCAACAGCGGCGGUAAUAGCCGAAGUAGCGAAUCCGUAGGGGAGAUCAGUUAGAGGGGAAAAAGUGACCAUUUUGUGCCGUUAUGGCGGAAUAGUGAACGCUGAGAUUUCCUUCCUUUUAAAGUAUAUUCUACCAUAAAGUGUAUAAAAUUUGGACCGCACUGUUUGUGACUAGUGUAUUCUCUCCUUUUUUAGUAAGACUACAAUGACUAGAGAAAAGUUUAUUUUUCUUAUCUAAUCGAGGUUAUCCAACGUGUACUGCAAUCUAGAUUUAUGGACCGUCACGUGACGAGCGUUUGAGCAACUCAGCGCGGAUCAAUCAGAGUUGAAAAGAAAACACAUUUAGCAGAGCAACCAUCUAUUUAUUCAAAGAUUUUCCAAUGAGAGAACAAAGACGAAACGUAUUUAGAACAAGCAAAAGGUUAACAAAGAGCGAUUCGAGAGAAAUCACGUAGGCUAGAAGCCACGGACGUAGCAUGGAAGAGUGAAGCGAAUAGCGAAUCCUAUUAAUUGUACAUAGCUGUUAUAUAAAUAUACUAUAAAGAACACAACACGUAAACUGUGAAAUUUGCCGAACACUAACUUGUUUUAGGAGUAAGAAAUUGUGUAGGUAAACUACUAUGAAAUACACAUUAUAAUGAACAAAUGAAAUAUAA